AUGUGCAAAAAGCCAGCCGACUGGAAAAGCGAGUUAGGAGCUGUGCAAUUUGUCAUCAACAAUACGUUCCAUAGAUCAAUCAAUACUACACCGAGCAAAUUAUUGUUAGGGUACGAUCAGCGUCGGAAAUCUGACAACGAGUUGAGAGAACUAAUCGAUAGACUAACGCAGGUAGACGUAAAUAUUGAGCGAGAAAGAGCGGAGCUGCGAGACUCCGCACAAAUAGCGAACCGAGCCGUGCAUGAGUACAACAAGGUGCAAUACGAUAGGAAACAUAAAAAGCCGACGCGGUAUAAAGAGGGAGAUUUUGUUCUCGUUAGAGUUUUACAGCAUAAACCGGGCAUAAACCAGAAAUUACUACCAAAGUAUAAAGGUCCGUACCAAAUUAGGGCAAUUCUUAAUAAAAAUAGAUUCGUAGUGACGGACAUACCGGGGUAUAAUCUCACAUCAAAACCAAUGAAUACAAUUCUUUCGUCGGACAAAAUAAAGCCGUGGAUAAAAAUAAACGAAACUGGUAUUAAUCCUGACAAUGUAAGCGAUGACUAG